CGUUGGGGUGUAUACAUUUUCGGCGUAUGCAUGAAGAAAGUAGCCUUUUCCAUGCAUAUCCGAGAGAACUAAGAGCAUUGAAGCCUUCCAAACGUUACAAUAGUGGGCUUGCCUGUGAUUUGUUUAUGCAGCUGUGGUUGUCAGACAGCCCUGCUUGUUUGUGACAGGCCUACUACCUGAAGUUGGCCGCACCAGUGGCCACCACCGACGUUAGGAGGGGGCCAAUAGAUCUGCAUGCCUGUAAUGCAUUGAGGUGGCAAUGGAGACCACAGGCAGUGCCACUGAAGGCGACCCUCUGAAGCGAGGCGAGGAUGGGGUGGAGACAGCAACAGCACAGACAGCAACAGAGCUGAAGAAGAAGAAGAACUGGAAAGAGGCCUUGGGGCUGUCCAAACUGACCCACUGGAGAACUGCAGUCUUCUUCUUCUCCUUGUUCCUCUGCCUCACCAUCGUAUUUGCCUUCUCUUUUAUCAUCCCCUGUCCUGUCAGACCGCAGUAUGAACUCACCUGGAACAGGACGUUCCCCGAAGCAGCUACCUAUGACUUUCUCACCAUUGAAGAUACAAGCAAGGACAAAGUGAUGGAUGUCCUGUUUGUCCUCAAAGACACAGAGGGCAGUCAGAACAACACAUGUGCUGAUGCAGGUCUGCCCUCGCCAUGCGUGUUUUUGCUAGCAGUGGAUGGGGCGAAUGGAAAGAGUUUGUGGGAGCGUCCAUUGCACCCGGAGUACCACUGGGCCCAGUGCGGUCUAGAUAAAGGAACAAGAAGAAACUGGGACUGUCUGCUGUCCCAUUCUUACAACCUUACAGCCGUUGACAAAUACAGUGGUGCAGUAAGGUGGCAGCAGCCUCAGCCACCCGGUCUACACAGCACUGUUCCUGUUUUAAGUAUCCCAGAUCUGGAUGGGGACCAAGUCAGUGAUGUGGCCCUGGUGGCUCCUGACAGCACACAGACUCAGCUGGUGUUCCUCUCAGGGAAGACAGGUGUGCAGAUUGGCUCCACGGUGACACUGGACCCUACUGAGACGGCCAGUCAUCUUCUUCACUGCACUGCAGAAGGUUCUCACUAUGUGCUACUACAAAAAGACUCUGGUGUUUUUGGCCUGGCUCUGUGGAAGAUCGCUGCUCAGGCUAAAGCAGGGAUGGAAGCGAGCUUGAAGAAGGACAAACACUGGGAGAAAAGCUCCAAUGCAAUAACUGGCCUUGUGCCUGUUUACGAGUCUGAUUCAGUCAAACAAGUUCUCAGAGUUGGAGAAACGGGCGAUCCACCCAACCUGCUGAUCGUUACGGGGAGGGAGGUGGCUUUAAUCGAUGGAAAAAACUUGAAGUUGUUGUGGAGAUUUAAUACCAGCACUGUCCUCAGCGAGCCCUCCUUUGGUCACUUCAACAAAGAUGAUGUGCUUGAUGUCGUGGUGGAGGAAGAUAACGGCAACAACACAAAGAGGGUUUUAAUACUUGAUGGAAAGUCUGGUGGUGUGCUUUGGCAAGUCAACCUUUUGGCUUCUCCUAACUCACCCAGGCCCUCUGCCAUUCACACCACCAACUCCUUCUCCAUCUUUGUGUUUUGGGGCCAGAUGCCCAUGGAUGCAAACUCAAGUGUCCCAUUCAGUAGUGAGCGAUGUUCCUACAUGCUCCUUCCUCUUUAUUCUAAAGUUCUCCUCGAGUCCACCAGCUCUAUGGACCACAUCAUAACAUUUAAAGCCACACUGUUGGAACGUGGACGCCACGCUGCCUACAUCCUGCUGACGGGUCCUGGGAGGGAGGGCGCUGGGGGCACCGUUGUCCUCAGCAAAAGGAAGCUGAAGCAGGACGUCCCCUUCAGCACAGUGCGCCGCCUUGGAAGCGGAGGAAGCUCAGAAACCAAUGAGGACAUCAAAGAGGCCUUCAAUCGUCUGCGAUUCAGCGACUGGUGAUCCAGUACUGUACAGCAUUCCCUCAGUUUAGGAUUACUUUGGUCCAAUUGACUAUUUAGUGCAGGGGUGUCAAACUCAAUCACAGCAGAGGCUAGAUUCUGAAUUCAGGACUAACCUGAGGGCCUAACAGGGUCACCUUUUUACCUAGAAACUGUCAACCUUGUUUCACCAGUAUU